GGAGCGAAAAGGCCGCGCGCGUGCAGAGCUGCAAAGCCGCGAGACGCACACGCGCUCGCUCGCGGGCGUGUAUAUGGAGCACAGUGAGGAGAGAGGGCCGGCAUAUCGAGCGGCUAUAGCGACGUCGUCGACGCCGGGCGCCGCGGCGCUUCGACACCGCCGCCGCCACUCCAACCCUCAGUUGCCUACCAGCCACCGCCCCGGCGUUUACCUGCGCUCGCCUUACUUUUUCUCUGCGGAUAUAUAGAAACAGGUCUCACGAGCACUCGUAAAACAAAACCAUUAACGAUGCUGAUCACAAUGGUACGCGACUCGGUGCUGCAGUGUUUCUGCCACAGUUGCAAAGCUCCACUGAGUAUUAUCGCCACUCAACGACGAGGUACAAGUGUACCUGCCAUCAAGAAACCGAGCUCCGGCAAGGCCAAACCACGAACCAAGCAGCCUAAGAAGGUCAAGUUUAUCACGACCGAGAUUCGUUGCCAAGAGAUGACGAAAGGUGGCCUCCGUUACGAGGUGAUUCUGGCCGAGCCGACGGCGCCGACCAAGCGCGCGCCUUCCCCGAUUCCAACGUCGCCGACGCAACCCCAGGUGAACAUCGAGGAUAAGCUUCGCGCGGCCGAAGAGCGUCGGCUGUCGUUGGAAGCCAACAAGAUCGCUGCGCUCAGUGCUCGACUCAGCAGGAUCGAAGAAGUCGCGCGUAAGAAGGACGAGCUCAAUGCCAGCUUCGUUAACGCUACACGGGAGAGCCUCGAUACUAAGCUGAACAACAGCGAGGAGAGACGAGAAGCCCACAUUACUGAUCUGAAGAGCAAGUUGAAGGAACACUUGGAAGGUGUUGAGAAGACUAGACUGUCGCUUGAGCAGCAAACUGAGGAAGUUCGUGCUGCUUUUGAUGAGAAGCUGAAAACUGCUGCUGCGCAGCGUGAUGAGAACAUCAAGAAGAUGGUCGAACGUCUUAAGGAACAUGAGGAACGAGUUGCUCGCGUACGUCAGAGUAUAACCGACCGAGUUCACCAGCUAGAGAAUCAAAUUCAAAGCAAACUCGACCAAGCGCAUGAGAGAAAGGAGUCGAACAUGCGUGAACAGUUGGAGAAGCUUAAGAAUCAUGAGAAACGCGUAGAAAUGGUAAGACAGAACAAAGCCAAAGUAGUGCAGACCAAAGACGGCCAGGAUACCAAUGAGACUGCAAGCUCCGGCUAAAAAAGCUCGCAUUGAAAAAAGACGUAAUCUCUCUCUCUCUCUCUCUCUCUCUCUCUCUCUCUCUCUCUCUCUCUCUCUCUCUCUCUCUCUCUCUCUAUCUAUCUAUCUAUCUAUCUAUCUUUCUCUUCUCUCUCUCUCUAUCUUUCUCUUGCCUCUCUCUCUCUUUUCUCUCUCUCUCUCUCUCUCUCUCUCUCUCUCUCUCUUACAUCUAUAAUUUUAUUAUUAUUAACGCUUAAGGAGCAUUUAGGAUACUUAAGUAAAACACAAACACUGCCUGUUUUCUUUAGAAGAAACGAGAAUCCUUCGAGUGCUUUACAAAAAACAAAAAAAUAAAUAAAAAAACGACUAAAUGUAGUGCUUCUUUUAAAUAUGAAGGAUAUCGUUUUUUGUGUUUUAUUUAUUUUAAAGUUUUUACUUGGUAAAUUAUCGUGGUGUUUUUCAUUUUUUAGUAUUACAUUUUUAUCGAAAUUUAAAGUUUUUUUUAAGAGCUGUUGUGAAAAAUUGCGCUUAACUUUGUGCGCUCUGCUGUUUUCAUUAUUUAUAUAUAUUUACGGAAAGUCGACUUGCUUAUAUACUAAUGCGGUUCGAUACAGUUGCAAAAUUUCUUACGCUUCAUAGAUUCAAUAAGAUAAAUCAAUUUUUUUCAUUUGUAUCUAAUAUAAUCAAGUGGCUUUUACAUUCAUCAAUAUAAAAAUUGUGCGUUUAUUUAAUAACAACAGCAAAAAAUCGAGACGCGUAAGAACUUCGCGUGCUAAGUUGCGUUAUAUGAUAUAUAUUUAACAUACGUAUGAUAGUGCUUUAAACUAGGCUUGAAGUAUAUUAUUAAAUUUAAUAAAGACAAAAAAAUGAAACUUAAAAAAAGAUUUUGUACUCAAUCGUUGUAAGAUUAUAGCUUAUAUGCGUUCAGAAAAAAAACAUGUAGUACACUGAUUCAACAAAGUAUUACGGAAGAAAAAAUCUUAAUAAAAAAAUAAGUAUAUAUAACUACUACAAACAAUAUAACGCUUCUGUGAUGAAUUCACUAUA